CUAAUAUUACUAUACAAAGAUAACAAAAAAAAAAGUUAAUAAUAAACGCGCCCCUUCCCUCUGCCUAAAAAUCAAAAGCAAAGCAGCCCUCUACUUUUAAAAACCGCUCAAAAAUGCGGCAUUGUAACGCGUACGUCAUCGGUUCAAUUUUUUAAAUAGGCCACCGACUGGUUAAUUUUUUUUUACUGUUUACCACCUCCUACAUUAAUUUAUUACCUUACCAUGGCCCACAACGUUUUACGCACCACUACUCGAACGACCAAAAAUGCUUCGUGUUUAUUAAGAAAAGCGCCUUACAGCAACCGAGCGACCAGUUGGUUUCGACGAUUCUUGAGUCCUUCAGAAGAGAAGGAACUUUAUUUAGGCAUUACUAGUUCCUUUCGUGAAAAGUUGGUCGAACAGUCGAACAAAAGCACACAAACAUACAGCCACAUUAUUGAACACGCCUUCUUAGGGAUAAAAUCUACCAAAGUGACCAAAACUGGAAUGUUAACUAUUGCCCGUAUUGAACAACUGAAAAUUGAUCUUGACACAGCAGGAAAGCAAAAAGAUGUCAAAAAGCUGCAACAGUUGGAGGCGGAAAUGGAUGAUGCAGAUUUGAAAACUGUCACUAUUUAUAAUCGACUGAUUCGGUCAUACUUAUGGAGCAACUCAGUGGACUUGGCUCAUCAGGUUUUGAUCGGAUUCGAUCAACGUGGGUUAGUACCUACAGCUAGAUCAUACAUUUAUCUCGUACAAGCUUACUUGAAAACCGACCAGUUGAGUCAUGCAAAAGCUUUAGUGGAAGAGAUGAAGCAAUCUUCUUUACUCAAAUUAAGAAACGAUUUCGAUUACAAUAUAAUUUUAAAUUUUUACAAGGCUUCUGGUGAUACACAUGCUAUUGACUUUUUAUGGCGUGAUGUCGUUUUACAUAUUGAUACCAUCAAACCCAGCAACUCACUAUACAUCUCAUAUUUGGAACACUUGCUGUCAAAGCAAGAGAUCAAACCCAUUUCACAAUUAGCUCAAGAAUAUCUGACACAUUCACCCCAAGCAUCAUUACAAUUGCAUCAAUAUAUUACCUGGAUGAAGGCAGUAACAUUAUUAGCUAAAAAUAAACAGGACACCUACAAGUCAGAACGUCUUUUAUUACACUUGAUUAAAAAAGCACCACCAAAGACCUCUUGGGAUAAAGCAAAGAGUGGUAUUUCAACCAUCGUUACGUCGUACCUGAAUGAAGAUCAAGAAUUAAAAGCCCUGGCCUUUUAUUAUAGGUUGGGCAAAAUGGGUGUCCCUGUACAAGCGUUUGAACCUCGAACUGUGAAGGCAAUAGAAGCUGUUGUAAAAAAAGUGGAACAGGAUGGGGAUGAAAAAGCUAUUAUUGCCGAGUUAGAAGGCCUUGUUAUAUCACACAUUUAAAUAAAAUGAAAAUUGUUCGCCGGUAUUAUGUCCAUGAUGAUUUUCGCAUGCAAGUAAAAUACAAACAACAAUAAAUUUUAAUUU